AUGUUUCUGAACGCUCUGCUCAUAGCUCUGCUGAGCUCUCAGUGUGUCUGGGCCAGAAAGUCUGAGCCGUCCCUCAGCGAGGGGGACGCUGGUUUGUUCAGGGGAUCAGACAAGUAUGACUUUGCCGUGGAGGUUCCUGCUGCACAGAUGGAGUGUUUCUGGCACUUUGCCCACCAGAGUGGAAGCUUCUAUCUGACGUACAUGGUACAGUGGGUGACAGGGAUGGCCAACAACCAACGGCUGUUUGUGACCGUCAACUCACCGCAGGGCCUCCUCAUGGCCUCAAAGAAUGAAGCCUUUGGUCGAUUGAAUUUCCAGACUGAGGUGACAGGUUUUUAUCGGAUAUGUCUCGGGAACCACAACAACCAAUUUGGAGGAAUCAGGGUCUUCCUGAGCUUUGGUGUCAUCUACGAAGGAUCUGAGGAGUCCGAGAGAGACGUGGAGGAGGGGGAGAAAGUCCUCAACAGUACUUUGACUGGUAUCGAGGAGAGCGUUCAGAAGCUCCAGAAUCAGAUCUUCCACAUGUGGCAUCACUAUAACUUUGCCCGCAUGAGGAAAGGGAAGGAUCACUACCUCCUCCUGUCCAACCUCAACUAUGUCAACUGGUGGUCGGCGACCCAGAGCCUGGUCAUCCUCCUCUCUGGAUACCUGCAGCUCCUCGUCCUCAAGAGACUCUUCCAUACAGACCACAGAAGGCCGAGAUGCUGAGUGCAGAGUGGUUUUUAUUUUCUCUUAUCAGAUAUUUAUUGAUAUCAUUAAAAAGCAGACACUUGGUUCUUAAAUGAUCUUUUCUGUGCCUAUAAAGCAACAGCUAAUCUCCUCCUUAUG